ACCAGUGCAAACGGUAAAAAAGAAGGGGAUGCUGAUGUGGCAAUUUACAAUUGGCUCUUAUUACGCAGCACCCUCAUUCGAUUCGAGCCGGUUCAAGCAUUCCAAUUUAGCUCUUCUCUUUCUCCUGGAUGGAGAGAAAGUUCUGAACCCCAGCAGUAAUAAAAAACCUCGAGUAAACCCCCCUCCCAAUUUUCAAUUCUUACACAGGCGGCCAUUUCGGAUCCACAAUGGCGGUUCGCCCCACGAUGGCCCGGUUCCCGGGCGACCCGAGGGAGCAGGAAGCCUGCGGCGUGCCGUGGGGCCUCACGCUGACUCCAUUCGCGGCGAAGGACGAGAAUGGUAUCCCGCCGGUGUACGGAUCGGGCGGCGAGUUGUUGCCGCGGUGCGAGAAUUGUUGGGCGUAUUACAACACCUACUGUGAACAGGACCAGUGGUCCUGGGAUUGCGCUCUUUGCGGCACCACCAAUGGACUAUCGUCUGGAUCCAUCGCCCGAUACUCCCUGCCUGAAUCCUGCCCGGAGAAUAUGUCCUCUUUCAUCGACCUCGAAUUGCCGCUGGAAGAAUCUGAAGAAAUGCAGGCAAGGCCGGUAUACGUUGCUGCUGUUGAUCUCUCUUCAUCAGAAGAGUUUCUGGAACUAACUAAAAGUGCUCUUCUGGCUGCCUUGGAAGCUCUUGGGCCGGGAUCACUUUUUGGUCUUGCUACAUUCAGCCACAAAAUAGGUUUGUAUGAUGUCCAGGGGCCGAUUCCAGUGGUCAAGAAUGUGUUUAUUCCCCCAGAUUCUGUUGGCAACCUGACAAUGGAGCUUGAAGAUGUCAUGCCAUUGUUUUCAUUUUUGGCUCCUGUUGAUACGUGUAAGGAGCGUAUUGCAUCUGCGCUUGAAACUCUAAAACCAACAACUUCAUGGGAACGAACUACAGCUGCAGGCCAAGGGGUGGAUGGUGUUUUACUUGGUGGGAGAGGCUUUGGAGUGGCAAUGGAGGCUCUCCUCAGAUAUCUUGGAUCAGAAUAUGGGAAUACAUAUGCGCUGGCCAGAGUGUUUGCCUUCUUAUCUGGUCCUCCAGAUUAUGGUCUUGGCCAACUAGACACCAGACGUUAUGGUGAGCAAUAUGCUAGUAAAGGAGAGGACGCAGAUCGUGCUUUACUGCCUGAACAAACUCCAUUUUAUAAAGAUUUGGCUGCUGUUGCUGUUCAAGCCGGUAUUUGUGUGGAUCUAUUUGCUGUUACCAAUGAGUACACUGAUUUAGCGUCAUUGAAGUUUCUUAGCAUCGAGAGCGGGGGCUCUUUGUUUCUAUAUUCUAGUACCGAUGAUUCCACACUUCCACAGGACAUGUACCGUAUGUUGAGUCGACCCUACGCUUUUAAUUGUGUCCUACGUGUGAGGACAUCAUCUGAAUUUAAGCUUGGCCAUUCAUAUGGGCAUUUCUUCCCCGACCCAGAGUAUGAAAAUGUUCAGCAUGUUAUUUGCUGCGACUCUUUUGCCACAUAUGCCUAUGACUUUGACUUUGCAAAUGAUGUUGGAUUUUCCAGGCACAGCAAAGAACUUCCGACGUUACAGAUUGCAUUUCAAUACUCAGUGGUCGUGCCACCUGAUGAACCCUCACUGUCAGGUUCAAGCUCCUCAAAAAGAACUAAAUAUUCCCUGAAAAGGAGACUGAGGAUUAGAACGGUGCAAUUUGGAACUGCUCGCAAUAUUAACGAGAUUUAUGAUAGUGUUGAUCCUGAAGUUGUUCUUUCCAUACUUGUUCACGAGGUGAUUUUGUCCUCUCUGGAGCAUGGAGUUCGAGAGGGUAGAAUUUUACUACAUGAGUGGCUUGUAAAUCUUACAGCUCAGUACAAUGAUGCUUUCAAGAUUGCUGAACACACAAGAGGAAGCCUAAACACUUCUCCUGUUGAUGUUUCCUUCACCCAAUGCCCUCAGCUGCAACCUCUGCCCCGCUUAGUCUUUGCUUUGCUGCGGAAUCCUCUUCUUCGAUUUCACGAAGAAGGGGUUCAUCCAGACUACCGAAUAUAUCUUCAGUGUCUAUUCAGUGCUCUGGAACCAUCUUCACUUACCCGUGCUGUAUAUCCAUUGUUGGCAUCAUAUGACACUCCAGAUAAACAAGCAUUCCCUCGCCAUUCCUUGAGUCGUGCUGCAUUAAUAACAAGCGGUAGCCCAAUAUUCUUCCUAGAUGCUUUUACAACCCUCAUCGUGUUUUAUUCAUCUACAGCUGAUGCUGCACUUCCUUUUCCUCCACCCCAAGACUGCCUUCUGAGAACCACCAUUAACAAACUGAAGCAAGAGAGAAUUAUUACUCCUAAACUCAUUUUAAUCAGAGCAGGGCGGGACGAUGCAACACCAUUUGAAAACUACCUUAUAGAAGAACAGGAUGUUGGGGGAAGUGGCUUCACCAGCGUCAUGGGUUUUGUCUCCUUCCUUGAUGAGGUCAAUCACGAUGUGGUGGAAUACCUGACUAAAUCAAAUGGGGAUCUACGUAAAUAAUGGUAUAGAGGGAUUACUUCAGUAUUCAGCGAGAGCUCUUUCUUUAAUUGGAUCAAGAUUCUGCUAAUUGUGGAUACAUAGGUUGUUUGUAGCUCCCAAGAAUUAGACGCGAACUAUUGUUCUUGGUAUCGUGUAAUGUUAAUUCUUUAUUUGGAGGGCAUGUUUUUUGUUGGGGAUGCUGUAAGAGUUUGAUUUGGACAUUCAUACUUUCAAGAUGUGUAUAAGUGUGGGCUAUGCUUCCCUGCCCCUGAUGUAACCUUUAGACCUUACAAAGAUAUAGUUUUAGACUCC